AUGGCUGGCACAGAGACCACCGCUACAACACUGCAGUGGGGAAUACUAAUGAUGAUGAAAUAUCCUCACAUACAAGAAAAAGUACAAAAAGAAAUCCAAGCUGUUCUGGAAUCGGGGCGUCCACCAACCUUUGAAGACAGGAAAGCCAUGCCAUAUACCCUGGCUGUGAUACAUGAGAUCCAGAGGUUUGCCAAUGUUAUUCCUCAUAUCCCCCAUGCUGCGUCUACAGAAGUCAACUUCAAAGGUUAUCACAUCCCCAAGGGCACUAUUAUAAUCCCACUGCUUACAUCUGUUCUGUAUGACCAGCGCCACUGGGAGAAACCAUACCAGUUUAAUCCCAAUCAUUUCCUGGAUGCAGAGGGAAAGUUCGUGAAGAAAGAAGCUUUUGUGCCAUUCUCAAUAGGACGCAGAGUGUGCGUAGGAGAGAGCUUGGUAAGAAUGGAACUGUUCAUAUUCUUCACCGGAUUACUUCAAAAAUUUACAUUCUCAGCUCCUCCUGGUGUAAGUGAAUGUAAUUUGGUCCUUGAUGCAGAUCCAUGUUUCACAAUAAGGCCUCAGCCUCACCUGGAGUGUUGUGCUGAGAUAAAUUUGCCAUUCUUCAGUACAAGAACCACCAAGCCUGCACAAUAA